GUCAGUCAUGGCGAGCUCCCGGACACGGCUGGUGUGUUUACGCUCCGGGAUGUGGAGCCUGUUGUUUUACUGUGUUUACUCUCAUUUAAAGGUGGUUUUAAGCGAAGACGUGCUCAGCUGUGAAAACCUCAGACUCGGACAGUAUCUCUGCAACGACCCAAAGAUUGAUGAAGCCACUCAGGAGCCGGAGAACUGCAGAGACACGACGGCCUGGGUGGAGUGCCUCCCAGCUCCGAACAUCAGCUGUCGACUCUCUAACGGGACGGAGUUCAAGUUCAGCGGGAAGGAGGUGGGCUUCAACAAAACCAUCUCCUGCAGGAAUGUGAGCGGUUACUCCUACAAAGUCGCUGUGGCUUUAUCUCUGUUCCUGGGCUGGCUCGGAGCAGAUCGCUUCUACCUGGGAUACCCUGCUCUAGGUCUGUUGAAGUUCUGCACUGUUGGUUUCUGUGGAAUCGGCACUCUGAUUGACUUCAUACUGAUCGCCAUGCAGAUCGUGGGUCCAGCAGAUGGCUCAAACUACAUUGUGGAUUAUUACGGCGCCCGGCUGACCCGCCUCUCCAUCACCAACCAGACGUACAGGAAGCCUCACCUGUCCCUGUGAACACACUUGGACACAUCCCCCCCCACCCCAACAGCAACACAGGUCUCUCCAUCAGUCAUGUGAGGACUGUUUACAUGCUCCUGAUCUUUAUUCUGUUCCUCUGAGAUCAACUUUAUCGACACACUGAGUCUGUACAUCAACAAACUGCAGUUAAAGAACGAUUCAUUUAAAGUGACAGUUCAGACGUUUAUUCAAACCUGAGUCAACAUGACUGAUCAGCAGGUAUUUAAAGGGCCUUUAAAGAAUUUUUUCAGCCUGUUAACUUCAAACUGUAAACCUUUUCAUUCCUGCUGAGUGUUUUCAAAGUCAUUCAUCAGGUUUUAGAUUGAGCUCCUUCCUUCCAGCAGCCGUUAGUUUCACUUCAUCUCUAUUAAAAUCACAUUUUUUCCCAGUAUAAUUUUUCCCGCCUCUUGUGGAGAGAGCACAGGAAAAUUUCAGAUUGAUUUAGUCACUUGAGGUCACAUUUACAUCCUCACAUCUGUCCAGCUGUCCUGUUCCUGUGUGUGGGCUGUUUUUUGUUAUAUUUAUUAUGAUUUUUGGUCUAAUGUAUUCUGAUAUUUCACUGCUGUUGUGUCUUUAAGUUAUGAUGUUUUUCCAUGAAACUUGACUUUGUAAAUAAAGUUUCUUUUUGUGUUAAUCUA